UAUGCAAAAUAUAAAAAUGUAGUAAAACUGACUUGAUGCUUAUGAGUUUAGCACUUAGUUGUGAUUAUUAUAAUAAUAAUAAUAAUAUAAUAGUAAAAUAAUAAUAAUAAUAAUACAACUAAUUACUGUAUAUUGACAUAUCAACUGCUAAAGCAAUGAAUGGAAGUUAGUGAGUGAAUUGGUUUAGAUUUUUUUUAAAUAUUAUAUGAUACCUGAAGAGUUAUAUAUUCAUGGUGCAUUACUUAAGUGUUGUUGUGCACAGCAUCUGCCUACAACCGGUGGCGCUCAACCUUCUAUUUGGUGUUUGACUUCUGCGAGCACGACUUGGCAGGCUUAUUAUCCAAUUAUAAUGUCAAGUUUAGUCUGGGCGAAAUUAAGAAAGUAAUGCAACAGUUGCUGGAAGGACUCUUCUAUAUCCACAGUAGUAAGAUACUACAUCGUGAUAUGAAGGCUGCCAAUGUACUUAUUACAAAAUCUGGAACACUAAAAUUAGCCGACUUUGGACUUGCACGUGCAUUUUCUCAAAGAAAUGGGCAGCCAAAUAGGUACACAAAUCGUGUUGUUACUCUCUGGUAUCGCCCACCAGAGUUGCUACUUGGUGAGAGGAACUAUGGACCACCUAUUGAUCUCUGGGGUGCAGGUUGCAUAAUGGCUGAAAUGUGGACAAGAACACCUAUUAUGCAGGGCAGCACAGAGCAGCAUCAGCUAAAUCUUAUUUCACAGCUGUGUGGGUCAAUAACCCCAGAAGUGUGGCCAGGGGUUGAAAAUCUCCCACUCUUCUGUACUAUGGAACUUGCUAAGAAUCAUAAGAGAAAAGUUAAGGAAAGACUUAAGCCCUAUGUCCGUGACCCUCAUGCUUGCGACCUUAUAGACAAGAUGUUAACGCUGGAUCCUUCUAAAAGAAUGGAUGCAGACUCUUCAUUAAAUCAUGACUUCUUUUGGAUGGACCCCCUACCAUGUGAUCUUGGCAAGAUGUUGUCACACCAUACCCACAGCAUGUUCGAAUUUUUGGCCCCUCCCCGCCGGGGAAAACAGCAGCAGCAACCACAGCAGCCACAACCUUCACAGCAGCAGCCACAGGCAGGCCAUUCUUCUCAGCAAAUACAAGUGUCACAGUCAUCGGGACAAGCUCAACAAGGAGGGUCAAGGAGGUCAGGUCAUCGACCAUCCACCUCUUCCAGUGUAGCCAGCAUGUCCUCGUGUCCAGAGAGGAUAUUCUAGUUGAAAAAUGUUUUGUCAGAGGUAGCAGAUUGUUUUGUUUUUAUCACUUUAUUUAUUGAUCAUUACCGUUAACAUGUUCUUAUAGAUAGAAAAAAAUAAUUGCCGAAUUUUUGAAGUGCACACGAGGCGUUUCUGACAGUAAGAUCCAGUUCAACAUGUGAAAUGUUGUAAAGAAGGCCUUAAAACAAUAUUUAUAGAAACAAAACAAAAAAUACAAAAAUAAAUUUUCAAUUUAUAUAAUUUUUUUAUUUCUUAUAUACAUACCGUAUUGUUUUAAAGCAUUCUUUUAACAUACAAUAAACUGUCAAUAUAAUGAACAAAUAGGGAGGAGUGUCCGUUAACUCAGAAGAAUAAUACAAAAUAGCAAUCAAAUGCACUAAACUACUGUACUGUAUCGUUAUUAUAGUACUGUACACAUAACUUCCAGAUAAACUGCAAUAAACGUUGAAGAAUAAAGGGGUUAAAAGUACAAUUUAGUGGAUUUUUCCCAUAAUUUUAGAAGUGCAUUAUAUUGAGGGUUUACUGUAGUUAACAUGUUGAGUUUGGCCUCACAAUAGGCAGUGUCUCAUGUAGAGUACUGUGUCCAGGGGUUGGGAAACAUGUAGUAUAUUACCAUUUAAAUACCAGUGGAUUCCAAUGCUUUAAAAUACAUAAAAAUAAUUUUUUUAUGAGACAGUGAUAUAUAGGUAGUGUUACUUUGACUAGAAACGUCCGAUGACACACUAGAUGAGAAUAUUUUUAGUAAUUUUAUAGAUAACAUUUAUUUAUUUAUUGUAAAAAAUUUGUAUGUGUAUCUUCAGUUUAGGAUUAGGUUCAUGUUCAGAAAUUGGUAUAAGUUUUUUUAUAGUAAAUUAAUGGAAUCUGAUAGCCUUUGGGUGUAUGUAGUGUUAAAGAAUUUAAUUCUCUCAAGUAUUUUGUACAAUAAUGAGAUUUGUAACCCCAAAGAAAUUUUUGUUAAAUAGAAGCAAAGUCACUUUGCCUGUAAAAAAAAAAAUGAUGAGCUCACUUCCUUACUUUUACUUAUAAAAGUCAGUAUUAUAGUAUAAAUUUAAAAAAGAAAGUAAAUUGUUUUAAUACUGUAGGAAGGUUGAUCUACAGUGUAACUGCACACACAAACCAUAAUUUUUUAUUUCUUGUAUUUUAAGUAAUCUGGAAUAGUAUAAAUGAUAUUGAAAAGCACAUAUAAUACACAAAGUUCAAAAGGCAUGUAUUGCUUUGAG